AUGCUCCCAGUCCUUUCGAACCCUGGACUCCUCAUAACGAGUCUCACGGUCGUCAUGUCCCUCAUCAGCCCAGCCGCUGGGGCCUCCGUCCACUCUCGCACCGAGGACAAGAGCUGCGGGUCCGGUAUGUACAAGUCCCCCCCGCGCCACUUUGGCUUCCUCCUCCCGCGAGCCUUCUCGGUCCUCGACGUCUUCGGCCCGCUCGAGGUCUUCCAGGCGCUCGCGCGGCAGACCAAGCUCGACCUCUCAAUGCUCUCCCGCACCAUGGACCCGGCCAAGACCGAGACGAUCCACGCGGCCAUGAACAGGUUCAACUCGUCCUUCUUCCCGCAGGUUGUUGUCACCCACACGUACGCCGACAAGCCGCCUAUCGACGUGCUCGUUGUCCCCGGCGGCGCCGCGGCGCGGAGCCCGGACCUGGGUCCCGAGCUCGAGUACAUUAGGAAGGCGUUCCCCAAGCUCAAGUAUCUGAUCACCAUCUGCACCGGCGCCGGCAUCGCCGCGCAAUCAGGUGUCAUGGACGGUUACAGGGCGACGACGAACAAACAAGCGUGGAAGCAGAUGACGGCCAUGGGGCCCAAGGUCAAGUGGGUCUCGCCCGCCCGCUGGGUCGAGGACGGCAAGGUCUGGAGUUCCUCAGGGGUCACGGCUGGCAUCGACCUGGCCCUUGAGUUCAUCAGACAGAAAUACGAGAACGGCACCGCCAUUGCCGAGGCUAUUUCCGGCGCCAUCGAGCAUACCCCGAUCCUGGACUGGCGUGAGGACCCGUGGGCUGCCAAGUUCAACGUUACGCCGCAGAACUAGGUACCGGCACUUCUUGCUUGGUGAUACCAGAUAAUCCGCAGAUCAGGUGGUCGACAGGAUCUAGAAUUGGCGGCUAAAUCUCGUGAUGUCUUCGUAGAAACCGUAAAUAAAUCCGGACCGAGAAUCAGUUUGAUGAUGGCAACAAGACCUAGCUGCUUCCAUUGGCGCGGAGUUGGUUAAACAGGCUCUCGACUCGACGUGGAGUGUAUUUAGGGUAGACAGCUGAUCAGCUAUGUACGUAAGCUAGGUUUUCCUCUGAC